AUGUCGGACUCUAAGAAACCAGCUCCUGAUCCGCGAUACCCAGAUAUCCGGCAUGUCGCUGAGGCCCGCCGCCUUCGAUCGCAAGGCGCCCUCAUCAUAGAUGCUCUUGGAGGCAUUAUUUUAUGCCCUCUAGAUACGUCUCGCACGGACUUGCGUAUCCUUGAUAGUGCGACUGCUGACGGGCACCUUUUGACCUUGAUCCGGAAGCAGCUGGCACACCCAGAGAGUGCAGAGUUGAUCGGCACAGAUAUCGCAGACUUCCCACCUCUCGACUUGCCUGAAAAUAUCACACUCGAAAAGCAAGACAUUUUGAAACCGUGGCCAGAGAAAUGGGAGGCGCAUUUCGAUUUUGUGCAUCAACGAACGGGACUCGCCGUUGCGGGCGGCAUGGAGCAGGCUGUUGAGAUAGUACGACGGUUCAUAGAGCUGAUCAAGCCUGGUGGCUGGAUUCAGCUCGUAGAUGGUGCCUUGAUUGAAAACAAAAUGGAAGAAGACGACAAAGCCUGGGUAAAGAUGUUCAAGGUGCUGUCACAAUGUGUGGCUCUUGUUGGGCUGGACACCACGGUGGGAGUCUCGACGGCUGAGAUCCUCAAGAGAGCCGGAGAGGGUUUGCUUCGCAAUAUAGGCGAAAAGCAAGGCGUUAGUCCUUUGGGAAAGGGUGCGACUUCAAAAGAGCUUGAAGAGCUAGGAUAUGUGGAAUUGAAAGGAAUGCAUAGCGGCUGCGUAACAAUGCUAAAGGGAAUGCCCGAAGACAAGAGGCCAAUGGCUCUUGAACAAGUUGAAGGGCUUCUGCCGGAGGUGUUGAGAGAAGCUCAAGCUGGAGAGUGUGAAAUGAAAUGGUACGCAGCAUGGGGACAAAAGAUUUAA